AUGAUAUCCGCAAUAUCUUUGUGGUAUCGAUGUCUAUUAGCAGAUUUUUUUUCCUCGGGCGUUAAGGAGAAGACGGAAGGUCCAGCUUCUUCCAUUUUACUUGCUUCCCGCUUCAUUUUUCAUUGCAAAGUUUCUUUCGUUCUUUUAAUGUUACUUCUUUUUCUCAUCUCUUCUUUCUUUCUUUCUUUCUUUCUUUCUUUCUUUCUUUCUUUCAAGGUUACCUCUUUCUCUCCUCCUCCAUCUCUUCUACUAAUGUUGCUUCUUUCUCUCAUACACUUCUUCGUCUUCUUUUUUUCAUUUUUUUUUAAUUUUGCUUCUUUUUUUUCAUUGUAUUCCACUUUGUCUCAUUCUUUUUUUAUCCUUCUUCUUCUUCUUCUUCUUCUUCUUCUUCUUCUUCUUCUAAUGUUGCUCCUUUCUUUCAUCCUCUUCUUUCUUUCUUUCAAUUUUACCGCUUUUUCUUCUCCUUCUAAUGUUGCCCCUUUCUUUCUUUUUCUUUUUUCUUCUUUUAAUGUUGCUUAUUCCUUCUCAUCCACUUUUCAUUAUUUCUUUCUUUCCUUCUUUCAUCUUUCAAUGCUGCCACUUUCUCUCAUCCUUACGUUGUUCUUCUUCUUCUUAUUAUUAUUAUUAUUAUUCUAUUACUACUACCACUACUACUCAAUCGCAUGCUUUUAUACAUUACCCAUCAUUCUUUCUUUUUCCAUCACUUUUUAUUCUGUACCUUUUUUUCGUAUUAUCGUUAACUUUCCGAUAUCUAACGUUAUCUUUUUCAUUCGACGUUCUUCUUCUUCUUCUUCUUCUUCUUCUUCUUCUUCUUCUUCUUCUUCUUCUUCUUCUUGCUCCUCCUCCUCCCUUUAUCUUCUUCGUCUUCUCUAUCUGUGCUUACAAUUCCUGACGCGCUCUCAAUUUGUAUCUCAUUCAUUCACACUUAUUCUUUCAUUUUCUCUUUCCCUUUCUCUCUUUUUACUCUUUCUCCCCCUUUUCUCUCUCUCUCUCUCAUUCUUUCUAGCUCUUUCUCCCAGUUUUUCUUUCACUAAAUCCCCCCCUCUCUCUCUCUCUCUCUCUCUUGCACUUUCUCCCCUUUUCUCUCUUUCUUUCUCCCCGUGUCUGUCUCCCUCUCUCUCACUAGCUCUUUCUACUCAUUUCUCUCUCUCUCUCUCUCUCUCUCUCUCUCUCUCUCUCUCUCUCUCUAGCACUUUCUCCCCAUUUCUCCUCUUUUUUUUUUCUCUCCGCUACUCUCUCUCUCUCUCUCUCUCUAGCUCUUUCUUCCCAUUUCUCUCACUUUCUCUCGAAAUUUCUCCCUAUUUCUCUCUGUUUCACUCCCUCUCUCUUUCUCGCUAUUUCUCUCUCUUUCUCCUCGUUUACUCUAUCGCGUUCUCUCUCUCUUUCUUUUUUUCUCUCCGUUUCUCUCUCUUUUACACAUAUUCUCUCUCUCUCUCUCUCUCUCUCUCUCUCUCUCUCUCUUUCUCAACAUUUCUCUCUGUUCUUACUCUCUCUCUCUCUCUUUCUAGCACGUCUCGCUUUCUCGCUUUCUCUUCAAUACCUCUCUGUCUAGCUCUUUCUCCCCGUUCCUCUCACUUACACUCUCUCCCUAGCUCUUUCGCUUGGUUUCUUUCUCUUACUUUCUCUCUCUCUCUCUCUCUCUCUCUCUCUCUCUCUCUCUCUCUAGCACUUUCUCCCCGUUUUCUCUCUGUUCUACUAUCUUUCUCUCCGUUUCUCUCUCCCUCUCUCUCUCCCUCCUCUCUCUCUCUCUCUCUCUCUAGCAUUUUCUAUCCGUUUCUCUGUUCCACUCUCUCUCACUCUUUUUCUAGCUCUUUCUCCUUGUUUCUCUCUCUUUCACUAUCUAUCUCUCUUUCUUGCUAUUUCUCCCCGUUUCUCUCUCUUUCACUUUCACUCUCUCUGUCUCUCCCUCUCUUUCUAUCUCUUUCUAUCUCUUUCUACCUGUUUCUCGCUUUUUCACUUUUUCUCUCUAGCUCUUUCUGCUCAUUUUUCUCUCGAUAUCUCUUUUUCUUUCUCUGUUUGUCCCUUUCUCUCUCUCUCUCUCUCUCUCUCGAUAUCUCUCUCUCUCUCGAUAUCUCUUUUUCUUUCUCUGUUUGUCCCUUUCUCUCUCUCUCUCUCUAUCUCUCUCUCUCUCUAUCUCUCUCUCUCGAUAUCUAUUUUUCUUUCUCUGUUUGUCCCUUUCUCUCUCUCUCUCUCUGUCGAUAUCUCUCUCGAUAUCUCUCUCUCUCUCGAUAUCUCUUUUUCUUUCUCUGUUUGUCCCUUUCUCUCUCUCUCUCUCUAUCUCUCUCUCUCUCUCUCUCUCGAUAUCUAUUUUUUUUUUGUUUUCUGUCUCUCUCUCUCUCUCUCUCUCUCUCUCGAUAUCUCUCUCUCUCGAUAUCUCUUUUUCUUUCUCUGUUUGUCCCUUUCUCUCUCUCUCUCUCUCUCUCUCUAUCUCUCUCUCGAUAUCUCUGA